UCCAUAACGUUAAAUAUUGUGUGACUGUAUCUGAAGAUUGAUAUUAUGAAGACAGAAAUAUCCAGUCGGUGCUGUGACAAUUUGAACAGCUCUCUCAGUAUGAGCUACCGCCACUACAGAGACUUAAAUUGAGAUUAGACGGAUCAUUCUGGUAGGGAAAACUGUAUCUAUCAAAUGGAAUAGUGUUCAAAAUAAAGAACGUCAUUCUGCCAGGCAACCUUUCUCAGGACACCGACACUGACUCGCAGCCAGAUCCCAUUUACUGAGGAGGAGACGCAAGCUGCUGCUGCAGAAGAUGAGCAAACAGCUGGACAGAAGACUGUGCCGGUGUACCAAGGCCAUCGUCCUACAUCUUCCAUUAGCUCCAGGAAUCUUCACCAACACCAGCACCCAAAAUGACCAUGCAACUUGAAUUGAAGAAUGUGGAUCUGCGAGCUGGAGAUAAGCUGAAAGUAAAGGGAGUAAUUCUGCAUGAUGCUGAGAGAUUCCAGAUCGACCUUGGAUAUGAUGCAGAAGACCUGGCGCUGCACUUUAACCCUCGUUUCCAUGAUGACAAUGAUGGAGCUGUGCUUGUGUGCAACUCAAAGACUGCUGGUUGUUGGGGCGAUGAGAAACGGGAAAUAUACAACCCUUUACUGAGGGGCGCAGACGUCAAGAUUGUACUGAAACUGGCUGGAGACAUGUUUGAGGUGGAGCUUCCUGAUGGACAGGAAGUCCAGUUUCCUAACCGUGUUGGCAUGGACGUCAUCAGCUAUAUCAGAGUCACAGGGGACUUCAAACUGACUUCCUUCAAGAUCUGCUAAGAGAUCUAGCUGCUGAAACACAUGCAUGCUGUGUUUAUCAGUUUGGUUAAAGACAAGACUUUGAAACUUGGUCAGUUAUUGUAAGAAAUAUGAAUCAUUAAGAGAUGUAGCUCUUCAGUACAUGGAAAAUGUAUCUUUAUUUAAGAAUGUCCUGUUGUGCACGACAAUAGAAAAUGUUUAAAUUCAAUUGAUUUUAUUCUUUUUUCUCUGAAGGGUCAGUUUUACAAACUGUAGCCUGAUCGUGGCCUUGAAAAAUAUUUUCUCACAAAAAGUAACACAAUCUUCAGAUACAGUAUAAAUCAUCUAGUUAUGAGAAAGUGGUAGUCCAAAUAAAGGGGCAUUACACCCAUUUUACACAUGAAGUUCUGUUUAUUUGUCACAAGGAAUACUAUUUUGCCUGUGAAAACAGUCGUAUUAUGUUUUUUUUUGUUCUAUCAAAGUUGAGGUGUGGCAUUUGAAAGAAGUUGGCAUUUACAAGCAAAGGUUGGGGGGGGGGGGGUCUACUGAAAGAUGCUAUUGAGUUGCAGAAUGGGAAAUGUAGGAUCCAGUGGUUUUGGAGCUUGAUGCAUACUAGAGACAAAAAGUCAGAAUAUCUUGGCCUCUGUUGCUUAUGACUAGUCCUUUCCAAAAAUCUAUCUCUUGUGAAUCCCCAAACUUAAUGGAGGUGCAAUACUAAAUUGUGGGACUGCUCCUUAAAGGCACCAGAUCACAUACAAAAAGUCGAACAGCCUACUGAGAUUGCUUGUGAAACCUGGCUUUAGAAGCCAUCUCAAAUGCAGCAAAAGUGACAAUCUGCAACUGGAUUUUACUGCUCCCUUCAUGUGAUAUUAACUAUGACUGAAAAAAUAUACACACUGGGAAACUGUGAUUGAAAAAUUCCCACACAGUUGGAGAACAGAAGUGUGAUGCCUAUGGGCAGAUAACACCAAAGCUUGAGAGCCACAUGUGAUUUUCACACAAGGCCCAGGAAAAAAGCCUAAUAGGCAUAAGGUGGCUUUCAAGUCUUAUCAAAUAGAAAUAGUGCAUGUGCAUGUGCAUGGAUCAUCUACAGAAGGUGGGAUUUUUUACAAACAGUAUGGGCUGUGCAGGGGACAAAAAUGGCUGCUGUUAAAGGUGUAAAUUAAGACUUUGCCAUUUGAGAAACAAAAGGAAACAUGGUCUCUCAGUAGAUAUGAAGUAGUUCUUUUUAUUAUAAUCAUGUUCAUUGAUAACAUGAAAGGUUAAACUCAAAAGAUGUUUUUGUGUUGUCACUGAAUGAGCAGAUUGAUAAAUUAUGAAAUCCUUCAGAAAUAUUUUCCUAUUGAGUUAUAUUCUUUGCAUUAAGUCUGGAUAUCAGAAAAGCUUGAACAGAGCAAGAUUCUAAUUAAAUAAAACAACAGCUCAUGCUGAAGUAGACACAAUAACAUUGUUUGGAAUUAGAUUACCAUAAGACAGUUGAACACUUCAAAUACCUCUUAAACAUUAAGCAUCCUUCAUCAGUUAUGUGUUAGAUGUUACGUAACAUGAUUCAAAUUCAAAUGUAGAGAUUUCCGAAGUACAAAAACGCAAACAGGCAACACUUGCUUGACAGGAUAGAAAUUAGUUACACAGGUUAACCAAGAAAUAUGCCCUCCCUUCUUUGUUGUAAAAAAAGAAAAGCUGAUAUUUCUGACAGCAUAUGUCUCUCAUCAACCUUCUCCAACUCUUUUCAUGUUCACUGAACUUCAGAACCUAAAAUUUCACAUAUUUUGAUUUAAUAAAAUCUAAAAAUAUCCAUCAUUACAUGCAUCAAUUUCACCAUUCUUUUUUCUUUCUCGUCAAAGACAA